AUGGAGAACGAAUCCUAUUCACAGCUCGAAGUGGCGCCGUCCGAAAGAAUCUCGCACCCUCCACCUCAGUCCCUACAGCCUGAUCGCGGAGGUCGAUUCCAAGAAGCCACUACGGAUAAGCAGGCGCUCAUUUUCGAUCCCUCUCCCGAGAAGCAAGCGCUCAUCUUCAAUCAUGGAAGCUCCGAUCCCAUUGCCCUUCCUGCGAAAGAGCCUGAGUCGACAGCGUAUCGCACAGAGCUGCCCACAUGGCGGGAUAGAACAGAGAGCAUAAGAGGUUGGAAACGCAAUCGAAAGAGAUGGAUGAUUGCUGGUAUCGUUGCUCUGGUGGCAAUCGCCGCUCUUGCUGGUGGCUUGGGAGGCGGACUUACAUCCAAGCACAGCAAGUCGAAACCCUCCGCGACGAGCACACCCUCUCCCACCAUGUCGGGCACGGCGGCCGCGUUAGAAUCAUACGCCUUCCCUACGGCCGUGUCAUGGGGCUAUCCUCAUCUGGAAGUCUUUGCUCUGAACUCGUCCAUAUUCCCAGAGUGGAAGUACAGAACAUCUUCCGGUCAAAGCUCCGGUACCACAGGCUGGCAGCCGGCAACUGAUGGCACUGGGGCAUUCGAGUCAAUAGGAGGCCAGACAUCACCUCACGAGCUGGCCGUCGCCGCACUUGCACGCAACGGAACAAAUGUGAACGUCUUCGUGUCAGGCGAAGCCCUGAAUUUGGACACCAAGCAUCACGAUACUAGCAUGGUUUGGGGCCCGUCGGAUAUCCUGUGGACAAACCUUGCAGGAAUUCUGACCAGCCCGCCGACAGCGGCCUCUUGGGGAGCCGACAGAAUGGAUGUGUUUGUGAUCAAUACCGGAGACUCCUUGUCUCAGUUAGUGUGGACCUCGGAUGACGGUUGGUCUGACUGGGUCUUCGGGGUCUCGGGGCCGGUUUACUUCAAUUCGUACGCUCCGACCGUCGUGUCAUGGGCGGAGAACCGCUACGAUAUCUUCCUCGUCGGGGGUCCAGAUCAGGCUUUGUAUCAUCGAUAUUGGGACGGCUCGAAUUGGGAACCGUCGACGACCGACUAUGAGAACUUGGGCGGCUUCUGUACGUCGAGACCUGUGGCUGCAUCUCGAAAGGCAGGCUCCCUCGACAUACUCGUCCGGGGCGGAGACGCCGGGCUCUGGCACAUGUCGUUUUCGCAAGAUCAGCCCACCCCCGAGCAAUGGUCGAACUGGACACAGAUCAGUGGUAACCAGACUGUCCAGGCAGAGCCGGAGGCAGUCAGAUGGGACGCAAACAAUCUGCAUGUCUUUGCCUGGGGGAGUGAUGGGACUUUGUUGCACAAGACCUUUCAUGCUGGGAACAGUUCAUGGACACCCGAGAUUGGCUUUGACGUACUUGGACAGGACCUUUCUGGCCCACCGAAAGCUGUCAAUGACGGGCAAUCCAUACAUGUCUUUGCCUAUCUGAAGGAUGGGCAGCUGGGACACAAGACAUGGGAUGCGGCGUCAACUCAAUGGAGUCCUCAGGGGUCGUUUGAGCUGCUUGGAGCCGUAUGA